GGCCCGGGCCCGGAGAUGAGGCCAGGAUGUCGGUGUCAGGGCUCAAGGCCGAGCUGAAGCUCCUCGAGUCCAUCUUCGACAAGGACCACGAGCGCUUCCGCAUCGUCUCCUGGAAGCUGGACGAGCUGCACUGCCAGUUCGUGCUGCUGCCGCCGCCGCCGGGGAGCAGCCCGCCGCCGCCGGCGCCGCUCACCAUCCACUGCAACAUCACGGAGUCUUAUCCCUCUUCAUCACCAAUAUGGUUUGUGGAAUCAGAUGACCCAAACCUGACUUCAGUGUUGGAGAGAUUAGAAGAUAUUAAGAAGAGCAAUACUCUGCUUCUUCAACAACUGAAGCGAUUGAUAUGUGACCUCUGCAGAUUAUACAACCUUCCUCAACAUCCAGAUGUUGAGAUGUUAGAUCAGCCAUUACCAACAGGACAGAAUGGAACAACGGAAGAAGUAACGUCAGAGGAGGAGGAGGAAGAAGAUAUGGGUGAAGACAUUGAAGACCUAGAUCACUAUGACAUGAAGGAGGAAGAGCCUGUUGAUGGAAAGAAAUCUGAGGAUGAAGGCAUUGAAAAAGAGAACCUUGCAAUUUUAGAAAAAAUCAGAAAGAAUCAAAGACAAGACCACCUAAAUGGUGCAGUGUCUGGGUCAGUCCAGGCUUCAGAUCGACUUAUGAAAGAGCUCAGGGAUAUCUACAGAUCACAGAGUUAUAAAACAGGGAUUUAUUCAGUGGAACUUGUAAAUGACAGCCUGUAUGAGUGGCACGUUAAACUUCUAAAAGUUGAUCCUGACAGCCCGUUACAUAGUGAUCUUCAGGUCUUAAAAGAAAAAGAAGGUGUAGAAUACAUUUUGCUCAACUUCUCAUUUAAGGAUAAUUUUCCUUUUGAUCCACCCUUUGUGCGAGUGGUAUCUCCUGUGCUCACGGGAGGGUAUGUCCUGGGUGGGGGUGCAUUAUGCAUGGAACUUCUUACUAAACAGGGCUGGAGUAGUGCCUAUUCAAUAGAAUCGGUCAUCAUGCAGAUCAAUGCCACUUUAGUCAAAGGAAAAGCCAGAGUACAGUUUGGAGCCAAUAAGAACCAAUAUAAUCUAGCAAGAGCACAGCAGUCCUAUAAGUCUCUAGUACAAAUACAUGAGAAAAAUGGCUGGUACACUCCUCCAAAAGAAGAUGGUUAAUAUUGUGGACUGUUGUACACCUGGACCAAUGUCAAACAGCUCUUUUUUAUUUCUUUCCAACACACACACAGACUCAAG